AUGACUCGGUACGGAGGCCUGGGCCGGACGCGCCCCAAAAAGCUCACCUCCAAGGCGUCCAUUCCCAUUGUUCGCGAAGACGAAAUAGAUGCCCUCGAGGAUGAGAUCCAGGCUUCCCUGCAACAGAUCGAGACCGGUGUCGAAAAGGCCGAAGAGUCGGAAUUUCACUUGCAAGUCGCGAUAAAUGCCACUGCGCAGGGCAAAGUCAACAAUACUCACAUCCCAACCCCCGAAACCAUCCUCAGCAACCUCCGAUAUGACGAACUCUACCCCCCCUUCUUCUCGCAACCGGCCACCUACAUCCGCUUCUCGUCGACAGUGGAGGAUUGCUGUGGAUGCCCGUACAAUAUGACCGAGGAAGACGAUGCUUUCCUCAAAGUCUUUAACCAGAAACGCGACCCGGCAGAUAGAUGCUCCGAGGAUGCCUUCGAGGCCACCAUGAACUUCUUCGAGGAAACGGCUCAAACGAAGCAACCUUAUGCUGCCGUCGAUAACCCGCCUGUCCUUCCGUUCUCAGAAAUGGAGGAGGCUAUGGAUGCCGCCGUAGAAGAGAGCGUAAAGCACUUCGCCAAGGACCUGUAUGAUCACUGGAAAUCGCGUCGGUCCGAAGGCGGCGGCAAUCACAUGCUGCAACCUAGUCUUAAGUUCGAAACUGGUCAAGAUACGGACGAUAGCGAUCCAUAUGUAUGCUUCCGUCGUCGCGAAGUUCGGCAGAUUCGUAAGACCCGUGGCCGUGAUGCGCAGAGCGCUGAGAAGCUUCGACGACUGCGUAAAGAACUGGAAGAUUCUCGUCAGCUUGUCGCUCUGGUGCGCCAGCGCGAAGUAGCUCGCCGAGAGAUGUUGAUCAAUGAGCGACUGAUCUUCCUCCAGCGUGCCGAGGUCAAGGAAAUGAAGCGCAAGCUUGGUGUCAAGGACGACGACGAGGAUCUGAUCAAUCAAAAGGUUAGCAUGGACACAGGAUCUGAUAAUGAAGCCCAACUAACACCCACGCAGCCCAAGAAGAAAACCAUGGAUCUUCCUCCUGGGCAACGACCCAAUGCUCCCCAGCUGCGCUUACCUCUCAAGCCUGGUCUCCAAGGCGCCGAGGACCUGCAACUGCUGGAAGAUGUCCAGGCGGAGAAGGAGAACGCGAUUGCCAACGAUAUCAAGGCCAAUAUAGGCAAGCACAUGAGGUGGAACGAGGGCUUUGUGGAUCUUACCCGCGCACCGCUUUCUCCAUCUCCAGAAAGACCAUUCGACACGGCGUCAUUCCGCCCUGCCUUCACGGCACAACUCCCCACUCCCCCAUCUUCAGAGUCGUCUGGUGAUGUCGAAACCUCAUUAGACGUCACUAGCCCGCUCCUCUCCAAAGACAGGCUCGCUUCACGGGCCAUGGAACUGCACGAGGAGCCACAUCGCCUACCUUCGUUCCGUCGACGAGUCGGCCGCGGUGGUAGAUUAUUGAUCGACCGUCGUAACUUCGCUGCACGCUGUAAAAUCGAAAUGGACCCUAUCAAGAGUGACCGGUUCAAGUUCGACCAAGAAGAUUCAGAUGACGAGCCCGUCUAUGAAACAGACAAGUUCAACAUACAAAUCAUGCAGCAUCGUGCUGCGACCUGGUUCAAGGCGCGAGAGCAAAACAACGCCGUGGCUCAGGCUCAUGCGCAGGCGCAACAAGCAGCCCAGGCCCAAGCUCGACGACUGCAGGGCGAACAAGCUGGCAACUCUGGGUCAAAUCCUGGACUUAGUUCGGCAGCCGCAUCAUCUGUGCCCACGUCGUCUGAGGCGUAA